AUGCAACAGGGAGGAGGAUCCAACACGGAAGUGACAUGGGAGGACCAGCAAAACAUCAAUAAGUUCGGAAGAUUGAACAAUCGCUUUCAUGAACUUGAGGAUGAGAUCAAAAUCGCCAAGUUAACCAUAUUUUUUGAAACAAAUGAUAAUUUGGAAGAUGCGAGCAAUGAGUUGAUUCUCACAGAUGAAGAUGUGGUUCGGUUUCAAAUAGGUGAGGUCUUUGCACAUGUGCCAAAGGAUGAAGUCAAGAAUAGGAUAGAAAAUAUGAAAGAGGUGACAAGCCAGAAACUGACAAAGCUUGAAGGGGAGAAACAAUUUGUGGUUGCUCAGAUGGCUGAAUUGAAAUUUCUUUUGUAUGGGAAGUUCAAGGAUUCGAUCAAUCUCGAGGAGGAUUAG